GGAGAGAAAUAUUAGAGAAACAAAAGUCCAGAACGCUAAGGUUGCCACUCUCACUUCCUCCUGACCCUAACCCAGCGCUGCUUUGAAUACAGUAAUUGCUGUGGGGCACGGAGUGUGGGAGAGAAGAGAGCAGUGCCCCGAGGCUGCCUGGGGAAGGCGGUUACAGCUCGCCCUUUUGCAGGGCCGGUUCUGGUCGCAGAAAAUGCCAGGAUGAUGCCUCCUGCCCACCUGGCUGGGAUGCUGAUCCCAGCCAUGGCCUUCCUCUCGUGCCUGAGACCCGAGAGCUGGGACCCUUACGUGCAGGUGGCUCCUAACAUUACUUACCAGUGCAUGGAGCUGAAGUUCUACAAAAUCCUUGGUAACAUCUCCAAGUCAACCACGACACUGGACCUGAGCUUUAACCCCCUGAGGUGUUUAGGCAGCCAUAGCUUCUCCAGCUUCCCAGAACUGCAGGUGCUGGAUUUAUCCAGGUGUGAAAUUGAGAUGAUUGCAGAUAAUGCAUAUCAAGGCCUAAACCAUCUCUCCACCUUGAUAUUGACGGGAAACCCGAUCCAGAGUUUAGCCAUGGGAGCCUUUUCUGGACUAUCAAGUUUACAGACACUGGUGGCUGUGGAGACAAACCUGGCAUCUCUAGAGGACUUCCCCAUUGGACAUCUGAAAACCUUGAAGGAGCUCAAUGUGGCUCACAAUCUUAUUGAUUCCUUCAAGUUACCCGAAUAUUUUUCUAACCUGCCUAACCUGGAGUACUUGGACCUUUCCAAGAACAAGAUACAAAAUAUUUAUCGUAGAGACUUGCAGGUUCUACAUCAACUGCCCCCAUUCAAACUCUCUUUAGACUUAUCCCUCAACCCUUUAGACUUUAUUCAACCAGGUGCCUUUGAAAAAAUUAAACUCCAGGAACUGACUUUGAGAAGUAAUUUUAAUAGUACAGAUGUAAUGAAAACUUGUAUUCAAGGUCUGGCUGAUUUAAAAAUCAAUCGACUUGUUCUGGGAGAAUUUGGCAAUGAAAGGAACAUAGAAGAGUUUGACAAAUCUGCCCUGGAAGGACUGUGCAAUUUGACGGCUGAAGAAUUGCGACUAGCAUACUUUAAGGACUUCCCAGAGGAUGAUCUUGGCUUUUUAAAUUGUUUGGCAAAUGCUUCCUCAAUUUCUCUGGUGAAUGUGUUUUUAGACAGGUUAGGAGCUCCUCCUAAAGAUUCCAAAUGGCAAUACUUAAAAGUGUCUAACUGUAGAUUUAAACAUUUGCCCCAACUAGAUCUUGCUUUUCUCAAAGAGUUUGUAUUCACUGAAAACAAAGGUAUGGCCUUUUUCUCUCAAGUUAAUCUACCAAUGCUCGAGUUUCUAGAUCUUAGUAGAAAUUACUUGAGUUUCAAGGGUUGCUGUUCUCACACUAAUUUUGGGACAACCAGACUGAAACACUUGGAUCUGAGCUUCAAUGAUGUUAUUACCAUGAGUUCAAACUUCUUGGGCCUAGAGCAACUAGAAUAUCUGGAUUUCCAGUAUUCCAAUUUGAGACAGGCCAGUGCUUUUUCAGUAUUCCUAUCACUGAAAAACCUCCUUUACCUUGAUAUUUCUUAUACUAACACACAAAUUGUCUUUCAUGGAAUCUUUGAUGGCUUAGUCAGCCUCCAAGUCUUGAAAAUGGCUGGUAAUUAUUUUGAGGAUGACUUCCUUCCAAAUAUCUUCAGAGACCUGACAAACUUGACCUUCCUGGACCUCUCUAAGUGUCAACUGAAACGAGUGUCCCAGGAGGCAUUUAGCUCACUCACUAAACUUUGGUCGCUAAAUAUGAGUUACAACAACCUCUUAUUUUUGGAUAUACUUCCUUAUAAACAUCUCCCCCUCCAGGUUUUGGAUUACAGUUUUAAUCAUAUAGCAACUGCCAGGAGUCAAGAACUACAAUAUUUUCCAAGCAGCCUAGCUUCCUUAAAUCUUACUCACAAUGAUUUGGCUUGUGUUUGUGAAUACAUGAGUUUCCUGCAGUGGGUCCAGGACCACCGGCAGCUCUUGGUGGGAGUUGAACAAAUCAUGUGUGCGCAACCUUUAGAUAUGCUGGGUAUGCCUGUGCUCAGUUUUAGAAAUGCCACCUGUCAGAUGAGCAAGACUAUCAUUAGUUUGUCAGUUCUCUCUGUACUCGUGGUAUCUGUGGUAGCAGUUCUGAUCUAUAAGUUCUAUUUCCACCUGAUGCUCCUGGCUGGCUGCAAAAAGUAUGGUCAAGGUGAAAGCACCUAUGAUGCCUUUGUUAUCUACUCAAGCCAGGAUGAGGACUGGGUGAGGAAUGAGUUGGUAAAGAACUUGGAGGAGGGGGUGCCCCCCUUUCAGCUCUGCCUUCACUACAGAGACUUUAUUCCUGGUGUGGCCAUCGCUGCUAACAUCAUCCAGGAAGGUUUCCACAAAAGCCGGAAGGUUAUUGUUGUAGUGUCCCAGCAUUUCAUCCAGAGCCGCUGGUGCAUCUUUGAGUAUGAGAUUGCCCAGACCUGGCAGUUUCUGAGCAGUCACGCAGGCAUCAUCUUCAUCGUCCUGCAGAAGCUGGACAAGUCCUUGCUCCGGCAGCAGGUGGAGCUGUAUCGCCUUCUCAGCAGGAACACUUACCUGGAGUGGGAAGACAGUGCCCUGGGGCGGCACAUCUUCUGGAGACGACUCAGAAAAGCCUUGCUGGAUGGUAAAUCAUGGAGUCCAGAAGGAACAGAGAGUGCAGAAAACAGCCAGCAUGAAGCAAAAACCUGCACCUGAGAGCAAACAGGCCUCAGGCGCUUCUUGCCCAGGUGGACCCACUACUUGUUCAGUGAACAAGUAUUAAAAGCUGCAAAAUAGCAGGCACUGCACUCAGGGAAGGUGAUUCAGUGGUACACAAGAUACACAGGGCUGCCAAUCUCAUGGGGUUCAUAGUGCAAAGGGAAUAAAUACUGUGCUGAAAUAGAGAACCUUCAGGUGGAUGUUUCCCUCAACUCACCUAAGGUAUUCAUGACCGAGAAAGUCGACUCAACUCUUACCUCAUAUAAUUGAAUUACAACUAAGAGAUUGGCCCCAGCGACAUCAGAAAAGGAUAUAAGUCUUCUCCUGAGCCUUUUGAAUGGAAAUCACCUUAUAUUUUACAUUGUGGCCACCUUAAAACACAGCAGUUGUGGUAGUUUCAACUAAACUGGGCCUUUGUUCACUUUUCCAUUUUCUAUGGGAUGCAAUUUAAAUUCUACAUGGUGAUGAUUCUGAUCCUCCCUCCACUUCAAGUUAGUUUUGUUACAAAGGUUAAAACCUUGCAACAAUUUCCUAAGGAAACCUGACUAACACAUAUUCACAAACAUCCUGGUCUUUUUUAUUUAUUUAUUUAUUUUUUAGCAUAUUCUAUUUACUAAUAGUCCCUGAUAUAUUUGGUUUGUAAAAAUUCAGUUCUCAUUUUACACGCCUUCCCUAUAAACUUUGAUCUAAAUGAGGUUGUUAGAGACAUGCUGGAAAUAUACAUUAUUUACCACUAUCUUUUAAGCAAAUGUGUAAAAUGCACUCUGUCACUUUGUCAC